UCCCUCCCACCCUUCCUCCGGUGCAAGCGCCACUAAAUCUCACCCUAACAUCCCUUCGCUUUGGGAGACGUGGCGAGAACGCCAGAGGGAUGCGGGCGGCCCCAAAUCUGCGCGUACGAUAAGAGCGAAAGGUUUCUCUGCCAAUACUAAAGGCUGCGUAAGUCUGAAGGAGCUGCUGCUCUCUGUGAGGACACACAAAACGAAUUCGGCCUCGGGAGAUGAGCGAGCACAGCCCGCUCCCGCGGAGCGAGGAGACCGCUCCCGUCUGCUCCCUCUGUUCCCCUCUGCUCCCCCCCAUCCUCCCCGCCGUCUGCCCGCAGCCCGCCGCUCCCGCACCCGGGGGAUCCCAGGCCGUGGAAGGGUGCAGGAAGGUCGGGGCUGCUGCUGGACCCGGUCUUUUCUGCGAUGGAUCAACAUGUGGAGUUGGUCCCGUUAACCGCCGGCUCCAAAAUCUACAACGUUCUGCGUUAUUCCGCCUGGGAAGAAUACCGAAACCCUUUCAAAUCUUCGCCUCCCGCAUUUCCAGCGGACACGGCCGGGCGCCGAAGCAAGGGAGCCCUCGGCCAUCAGCGCAUCUCCCUCCCGGUGGCCCCCGGCUCGGCCCGCAGGGACGCUGCGGAAGGCACCGCGCCCGGCACCUGCACCUCGCGGCACGAGGCAGCCCGCCGGGACACCGGGCGGUGCCGGCACGGAACGGGCGGAUGCUCCUCGGAGUCGAGCCGGGACGCGGCUUCAGCCGACCGGGGCGGCCCGAGAAGAGGGGCGGUCUGGAAACUUCAGGGAAACAGCUGGAGUCAAAUCGGCUCCCGCAGCCGUUUCCUUACAGUCCGCACAAGCGAGAGGUAAAGGCUCCCGCCCCCGCUGCGGGGUCGAAAGCGGCUCGGGGCCGCACGUCCCCUUCGAAGCGUUGCGGGCGCACCGCUUGCGCCCUGCACGGGGUCCCGCAGCCCGCACCCGGGCCCCGCCGGCGAGAUCACGCCGCGCCCCGCAGCCCAGAGGUCGCAUCCCGGCCUCGGCUCGGUUCAGAACGCACAGCCAGCGGCGCCGGGCGCGGCGGCCGUUCUGCCGGGGUACCGACCCACACGGCCGGGACCUUCCCAUUCUCUGCCCUCAAACUCGGUCCGAUCCAAAUCUCGGGCGGGCAGAAUGAUGGCCGAACGGCUUUGAUCGAUAAUUCCCGGCAAACGAUCCACGUCCGAUCCUGCCCCCGGGCUAACGCCACGAAACCAACCGGCGGGCAUUUCUGGGACGGGGUCGUUGUACCGGGAAGAAGGGGCUCACGGAGAUGCUCCCGAGCCCUGAAGCGCCUCCCAGGCGGCGUUCCGCUCUGCGCCGCCGUGCCGACCAGUUAACGGCCCGGCCAUUCUACCACGCUUUACUAAGCUUCAUAAACGAUCCCCGCGCGGCUCGAAGCGGGGGGAGACCGGCUUAAACAGAGAUAAAUCCCCGGCGCUGUCGGAGCCGCUCACGGCACGCAGAGGGAUCUGUCUCCUUUCACUCGGGGAGCCGAUCAGACUUUGAUUACUUAAGCGCCAAGAGCAGCAGAAGCAGAGCUGCGAGCCGCCCUCCAGGAGCGCGGAGAGGCGGAGAGGGGCGGCAGGAUCUCAC